UAAAAAACGGCUCCGUCUACUACAAACGCGGCGGUGCAGGUGCUCUGUCUCUUCGGGAGAGGAUGCGGAUGGAAGGACGGGGGAGGGAAGGGAUGAAGGGAAACGCCACGAGGAAAGAACAUAGGAUAUGAAAAGGGGCUUUUGCUAAGAGACCGUGAGGUGCAAGGUCGAAUAUGAGAGAUUGGUUGAACGGGGCACUUUGCGUGGUAAUAGCUGGUCGGCAAUAGUACUAUGAUUUGGUAUGUGGCCACUCUGAUAGCAAGUGUAUUCAGCACCAGAGGAACGGCCGCUCAAGGUGCCCACGGAGUGAGAGAGGAGCCCCGGUUUGUGACGGCACGCGCCGGUGAGAGCGUGAUCCUGGGGUGUGACGUGUCCCCUCCCCUGGACGGCCAGCAGCCCCCUUAUGUGGUGGAGUGGUUCAAGUUUGGAGUGCCUAUCCCCUUCUUCAUCAACUUCCGCUUCUACCCUCCUCAUGUGGAUCCAGAGUACACAGGUAGAGCCUCUCUGCAUGGGAAGGCCUCCCUGCAGAUCGACCCGGUGCGCUCCGAGGACCAGGGCUGGUACGAGUGCAGGGUCCUGAUGCUGGAGCAACAGUACGACACCUUCCACAACGGCAGCUGGGUGCACCUCACAGUCAACGCCCCACCCUCGUUCACAGCGACGCCGCCACAAUAUGUGGAGGCGAAGGAAGGGGGAAGCACUCUGCUUAGCUGCUCUGCCCAGGGAAAUCCAAAACCAAUGAUCAGCUGGCUGAGGGAGGGGGAGGAGCUCGCAACCAACGCAAAAUAUUCGGUCCACGAUGGCAGUCUCACCAUUCUUGGCAUCACUCGAGACGACCGGGGCGCGUACACGUGCCGCGCCUACAGCGACCAGGGAGAGGUGCUGCACACCACCCGGCUGCUGGUUCAAGGGCCUCCAUACAUCGUGUCACCACCGGAAAACGUCACUGUAAACAUAUCCCAGAACGCUCUCUUUACCUGCCAAGCGGAGGCGUAUCCCGGCAACCUGACCUACACCUGGUUCUGGGAGGAGGACAACGUCUACUUCAAGAAUGAUCUGAAGCUCCGAGUGCGCAUCCUCAUCGACGGCACCCUCAUCAUCUUCCGGGUCAAGCCGGAGGAUGCCGGGAAGUACACCUGCAGUCCGAGCAACAGCCUCGGCAUCUCGCCCUCAGCAUCAGCCUACCUGACUGUUCAGUACCCUGCCCGGGUGAUCAACAUGCCGCCGGUCAUCUACGUCCCACGGAAACUGCCAGGCAUCAUCCGCUGCCCGGUGGACGCCAACCCACCUGUGACAUCAGUGAAGUGGGAGAAAGACGGUUAUCCUCUCAGAGUGGAGAAGUACCCUGGGUGGAGCCUGAUGCCAGAUGGAAGUAUCCGGGUGGCGGAGGCCACAGAAGACUCCCUGGGCACCUACACCUGUGUGCCUUACAACGCCCUGGGUACCAUGGGCAUGUCCCCCCCUGCCACUUUGGUGCUAAAGGAUCCCCCUUACUUUAACGUGAGGCCUGGGGGGGAGUACCGCCAGGAGGCUGGGAGAGAGCUAGUAAUCCCCUGUGCUGCUUCCGGAGACCCCGACAUACCAACCAUCACCUGGAGAAAGGUGGGGAAGCCGAGCAGGAGUAAGCACAACAUCCUACCCAGUGGCAGCUUACAGUUUGUGUCGCUCAGCAAGGAAGACCACGGAGAAUGGGAGUGUGUAGCCACUAAUGUGGUCACAAGCAUCACUGCCAGCACACGUAUCCUAGUCAUCGGCACCAGCCCCCAUGCUCCUGGCAAUAUCCACGUAUUGCCGUCAACUACUUCUGCUAACGUAUCCUGGGAGCCGGGUUAUGAUGGCGGCUUCGAACAGACAUUCUCUGUGUGGUACGGUCCAGUGUCAAAGAGAAUCGACUUCGGUCCUCACGACUGGCAUUCGAUGCCCGUCUCUGGUGCUCAGACCUGGUUGGUGGUGCCAGGGCUGGAGCCUGGGACAGAGUACCAGUUCAGUGUGCUGGCACAAAACAAACUGGGCACAGGCCCAUUCAGUGAAGUUGUGACAGUCAACACUGCAGGCUCUCCUCUGGGUACCCCAGAACCACUGGUGCUUCUUACUCCACCACGGUGCCUCACAGCCAAUCGCACGCAGCACGGUGUUCUCCUCACAUGGCUCCCUCCAGCCAACCACUCCUCACCCAUCGACCGAUACAUCAUGGAGUUCCGCCUCGGGGAGAGGUGGGAGGUUCUGGAUGAUCUGAUCCCUUCCACAGAGACCGAGCUCAUCGCCAGGGACCUCGUUCAGGAGUCCUGGUAUGAGUUUCGAGUGAUGGCCGUCAUGGAUGACCUGAUCAGUGAGAGCAGCAACGUAGUGGGAGUUUCCAGCACAGAUCCCUUUCCUCCGGCGGAGCUGCCUGAGGAGGGGCUGGCCCGGCCCGUGGUGGCGGGCGUCGUGGCGACCAUCUGCUUUCUGGCAGCAGCCGUUCUGUUCAGCACUCUCGCCGCUUGCUUCGUCAAUAAGCAGCACCGUCGCAAACUCAAACGCAAACCAGAUCCUCCCCUGUCGGUGACACACUUCAGGAAAAGCAUUGAGUCGCCGCCUCCUCUCACCCCCUUGCCGGGGGUAGAGCCCUGCUGGGACGAGCCUGCCAGGAGCAGUUUCUUGCCCCCGCCUGCCAGCCCCCUGCUGUCGUCGGGGAAGAUAAGCCCAGAGAGCUCCCCUCCAUCUCGGCCCCGCUCGCUUUCUUCAGAGGGCUCCCACGGCCCGGGCCUGUACGUCAGGAAGCUGCCCAGCCCUUUGAGAGAAAAAGAGAAAGAGCUGUCCUUCUAUAAGAAAACCAAGCGUGCCAUAGCCAGCAAGAAAUACAGCGUGUCCAAGCACGAGGCAGAGGUCACCACGCCCAUUGAGCUGAUAAGCCGUGGCCCCGAUGGCCGCUUCGUCAUGGAGACCAGCCCGCCACCCCGCCGCAUCCAGGGCUUCCCCUUUGCAGAGGAGUCAGACAUGUACCCAGAGUUCCGGCAGUCCGAUGAGGAGAAUGAUUUUGACCCCGGGCCUUUGCCGCCCAUCAUGCCCAUGUUGCGGCCCCAGCUCUCCCCAACGUCCUCCAGCCUGGAAUCAACGCAGCCCCCCACCUACAGCCCCCGUCUGCACAGGCCCAUGGAAGGUAUGAGCUUCGCAGAGAGCAGCGCACUUCACGCCUCAGGGCAGGCCCCCGUCUCCCGCUACAGGGGCUUUCCCCAAGGCCCGUUCUAUGGGUAUCUAGGCAGCAGAGGUGAAUCAGGGAUUCCGCCACCAUUCUACAUGCCUGACAUCAGCCCGCGUAGCUCCGCUCUGUCCUCGCCCCCAGGCACCGCUGAGGGCCCUUUCGGUUACCCCUCCAUCCCGGAGGAGAGCGGGGAGAUGGAGCACCAUCAGUACACUGCCUCGGGCCAUUCUCUGUCUCACACACACAGCCCUCCUCCUCGCUCACCUGAAAGCUGGCAGCCUCAUGAGCUACCCUUCCUGGGUCUAGAAGGUCCACGGUUUAUAUACCCGCCUCACCAUCCCUUACAUCAUCAGGAUCUCCCCGAACCGCCCCCAUACCCUCCGCACUCUCUCCCCCCCAGUCGCCUGCAUCUAUCUCACUUGAAGGAUCCAACAAGCCCUGGACUCCUGCAGCUGGAGGUCCCUGUGGCUCCCCCAGGCAGAGACAGGCCCCCUGGGCCUCCGGUUAGGCGUUUAGCUAUGCAACAGGCCCAAAGUCUCGGCCAGCUCAGACACACGGCCCACGGUGUGGGUGUACCAGUGUUGCCUUACCCUGACCCGGCAGUCCGUGCAGGGAGCCCAAGUACAGCCCCCAGUAGUAGCCCUCAGUCCUGGCUCAGCCCGAGGGCUGGGCGCCGGGCAGACCCCAGCCUGCCCCCGCUAGUUCUCCAGCCCUCCCGCCUCUCGCCCCUCUCUCAAAGUCCCCUUAGCACCCAGCCAGGUUCUCCAGACAUUCUAGUGCGGCCCCCUCCACGUCCCAGCAUACUCCGCACCUCUCGGUCUCUGGAGAUGCCUGAGAUUACCCUGCAGCCCUCGGCCACUGUCAGUUUCUCCCGGAGGUCCUCCCUGACCACCUCUCCCACUCAGAGAGAGGGCGCCAAGCCAACCAGCCCCAGUUACCACGCCCACAUGUCCUACGCCUCCACUGCAGCCAGUUAUCCCUCCCAGUCCCCCUCUCCCCCUCCGGAGGGCAGGGAUGUUUUCGGGCAGAGGCCAUCCCAGAGGAGGACAGAGGAGGAGAUGCUGCCCUCAGAGCCCUCCCAGCUCCAGAUAUCGGCCUCAGGGGAACCUCUAGGUGCGUCUAGUGAUCCUGCCGGGUCUGAGAGCUUACCAGCACUGCUACACCACUGUAUUACUAAAGCCAAGGGAGAGGCUGCCAACAACAAUAACAACACAACCUCCAGAAGGAGAACAGACAUGUCUCCCUCUCAGACCCAGCGGCGAUCUCAGACACCCCAAGAGGGCGAGGAUCUCGACCUCCACAGAAAGAGAAAAAGGCAAAACAAGAAGAACCCCUAUCUCUAUUUGACCUCCCUCCUGCGCCGCAGGCAGUCCGAGGAGGACCAGACAGGCAUUCUAGCCGGCGCCGACUCCGAGGGCCCCAACUACGGGACUCUGCGCUAGCCUGCGCUACCCAUCAAGCCAUUGGACUCGACCAAGCUGACCCGAACGACCCCUGGAAAAAAAAAAAAAAAACACCACCACCACCAAUAACAACGACGACGACAACAACGACAACCACCUCAGCCCACAACAAUCUCUGUAUCAAACUAAUACGUUUGCAAUCCCUGAAGUUCACGCGCGUGCGGGGCAGCGAGAGGCGUCCGGACGAAUACUCCGGGUUCGGAAAAAUCUCAUUUGAAGACGAGGACAAUGAAUUUCAGAGCCGACGCCACAGCCUGUCUCGUGGAUUCUCACUUGAAAAACGCUCUGAACAUAUAUAAUGUAUAUACAUAGUAAAAACAAGGGAAUUAAGCUUCCUCCUACAGUAAUAAAAGGUGUUGUUUGAGUAUGUCGCAACACGCCGAAGGAUUUUUCACUCGCUAGUCACCGAGGGGUCCAUAUCUUUAGGUUUUACAGUGAUGCGGUACUGUUAAGCCUGGUGCGUCCUCGGACAUGGACAUGACUCUACCUUUCCUACAAUACAAAUAGUGUCAGUAUUUCAACACAGGGUUCUUACCACAAAAUAUACCUCAGAGUAAAAACGCAGAGUUGCUGUCAUUCUUGUGGUAUAUUGUACGUAUGUGACCUUUUUACACGCGGAUAAAAAGGUUUCUAUAACGCACCACGCGCAUUAGAGCAGACGACACGGCCCCACCUGAUCUGAUUUAGAAGCUUUUUUUUUAUUAUCAGAACUAACUGUGCUCCUUUUGAGUUGCGCUCCACGCCGACCGUUAGAGGACAGUGUCUUAACGCAGCACAGCGUUAAAGCCUUGGCCAGAACUCUCCAAGUCGUCCAGGGCUCGACGCACUUGGACUUUGUAGGAAUUAGAAGAACAGGGUGAUGAAUUGUGAUAUGUACUGUAGUACUGUAUGUAUUUCAUUAUGGAGGCAUCAUUUGUGAAGCGCGGCACGUCUCGAGGUGCCUUUCUUUGCCUUUUUCUGGUUUCGGUUUUUAACAUAGACUGCCUUUGUCCUUCGCCUUCUCAUACUUGUCUCUUUGAAGGAGUGAGAGACUGUGAUGUUGUGUGUGUUUUUACUUUCUCUGCCAAGGACGUGAGAAAAAAAAAAACGCUACAGACGAUGCAUAACUUUGAUGUUUUUUUAUUUUUAAUUUAUUUUUUACAUUGAUGUCUUAAAUUUGUACCUGCUUCAACUGUGUACACCCCAGUAAAAGGCCAGAAGCCACAAUACCGGUUAAAAAAAAGGAAUAAAUCCAGUUUCAGUAUUUAAAAAUUAAUAAAGGCACAUAGAACAGUAAAUGUAACUUUGGUGGAAACUAGGUUUUCAUCAGCUGAAAAUGUGAUUGCUAUGGGAAAUACUUGCAGUACAAGGCCCCCUCCCCCAGCUGUUUGCGUAUUGCCUGCUCCUUCUCUGUUUGUUUCUUUGUUUGUUUAUUUCUCGACACUAACCGAUAUUGAAUGUAUGUUUUGCUGUAUAGGAAAUGAAUGUGCCGAUGCCACAGUACAUUGAAUGACCCAUUACGCUGUUCGUUGUGCAGCUGCGCUCGGUGAUGCCACGGCAAACGUCUCUCAGUCACGUGGUAUGUGGUGAUGAACGACACCCCCCUCGUCCAACACACACAGGUUCUGAGCCAAGCUCCUGUUCGUUUGAUUGCUACAAAAAAAACAAACAUUUUCAUUUCGCCGGCGAAGCUCGUUCAAUCACUUAUAUGCAUAUCGAUACCGAUUUUUUCCCACCUACCGACAAAUCAAACGUCUCACACUGCUCAGACAGGCGAGAGAGUGACUACUCGCCCGGAAGUGAACGCUCUGCUUUAGCAAAUUGGUUUUUUUCGUGUAAGAUACGAGAAAAAAUACUCUAUAUUUGUUAUAUACUGUACAUGGUGAGUAUUGUAUUUGUAAAGAGAAGUUAAAACCGUGUUUUACAGGAACGUGUUCUUGUACGAGGAUGUACGGAGGAAGGGACGGGAACAAUCCUGAGGAAAAAGAAAUUAGAUUCUAUAUCAAAGUAUUUGCUUACAGUACGGCUUUAAGUGGAUAAUGUUUUUAAAAUAUAUUUAAGGUGCCUCAUUUGUCAUACUUUAGCAGACAUUAUUUUAUCUGAGAAGAAAAGAAACCUUAAUGUUAGUACCGUACUACGUAUUAUUGCCAUAGCCCGCUGGCUGCACAAGUUGAGUAGUAUUUUCUCUGAUGUAUAGUACGUGAAUGCCCAUUGGGAAAAAAAAAAGCUUUAGAGUGUGUUGCCCUCUAUAAUAUCCCUGGAACAAAGUAAUACUGUAUUUUGCCCAUUCAUGAGCACACGUGUAGAUUUACUCCAGAGCUCUCGGCCUUCAGGUGUCCAAAGCAACUAAACCGAAGGACGAGUCACAGACAUGCUAUAUUCAUAUACAAUACGUGCUGUGGAGGAAAUUGUGUUUACAUUAGUUUGAUACAGAACCGUAUGUUAGGGCGUAGUUGCUUCGAACAUUACAACUUGGUGCUAUGUUUAACUUCGUGGUGCUGUAGAAUAGAGUUUCUCCCUGUUUUUUUUUAGUUCUCCGUUCCCACAAGCGAACUCUUUUGGGGCCCUGUGUGUUCGAGCAACCUGUACUAGCUCCCGUAGACACUAUACAGUAGGUCCUUAUGAUAACAGUACCAUGGUGUGAUGACAGUGACAAUACUGGAAAAUAGCAUAUAACCUCAAGUAAUAGAGACUCGUGUCGGUGAAGUGAGUUCACGACCACCUGUUUUCUAUAGUGUGUUUGCAAUGUCUGUCCGUGCUUCCAAGGUACCCUCUCUAAAAGUAUAACUUGUGAUGAUAUUGAGAAUAUUAACCAAGCCGAAAAAGACGCGCGGGCCCUGGUUUUGUGUAGCGCACAUACACCGCGGGGGGUCACGGGAGGGCAAUCGGGGAGAGAGAGAGCAGCGUCAGGUCACAACGGGGUCUUUUCUACACGCCGCCUUUCGUAGGUCCACAGUCUUUUGGUUGAGAGCACUGUUUUUCCAAGCACACUGCUUCAGGGGGGCGUUCGCCCCCCCCCCCAACGUCAUUACGCCAACUCCUCUGGAUGGUAGAACUCCUACUAGUACUGUACAGAAUAGCCAUGGGUAGUCGCCAGACCUUGUUUGUAUUUAUUCCUGGUUCUCCUGAUCGAAUGGUAAUGGGGUGGGUUUUACGAACGGACGUCUUCCGGGCUCCUUUCUUUGUUUUUUUGCAUAUUAAACAGAAACAUGUACAGCGUUUUAAGAGGGCUGCUUUGGACGUACUGUUAGCUCAAAUUGCUUUUCAUUUUGUUUUUGGGUUGUUUUGUCCAACUUUUCCUGCUUACAGCUUUUAGUGCAUCACUAGGUGCUGGUAGGUCGACACUUAGAAUCGAUUUGAUUUCUUCUUCGUAUUAAUCUUGCAUGUAGAGACAAUACAAAAACGCCUAUUUAGCAAUCAUUCAUGGACAUCCGAGCUGGUUGUUAUUGGACAGAAAAUAGAAAUAUGUAGUAUUUUCUAUAUUCUCUGUUUUUUCAUGUGUACCAGCACUGAGGAACUAGAAUGUAUUAUUAUUGUAGGCUACAAUAAGCACUACAUUGUUGACUGUUUUAGCUAAUGUUCAUACUCAAGCAAACCCAGUAGUGCUGAAAAGGAAGAAAAUUGACCACAUUUCAUUUCAUGUCCAUCCACUCGACUCUGUGCUGUACAUCACAUGUUUACAUGUAUUAUAUGUUACAUAUGUAUGUUAAUUUGAUCUAUUUUGUGCUUAACAUUUCCAUGAUGUCCUUAUUUAAGUUGAAAAGUGUAUUCAACAGUGUUCAUAUGUAAAUAUUUCAAAGCAAAAACAUUCUUUUUUACUUUUGUCUGUUUUGCUACAACGACCUGAUGUUUCUCUUUUGUUGGUCAGGGUUUGUUUUUUUUUUUUUAGACUCGUCAUUCUGUUCCGUCGCCACAUCAGGUAUUACGCUUCACUUAACUUUAUGUGAGCAAUUAACUCAUACUGUAUGGUGCUGUACCAAAGCCUUAUGUAGAAUAUUUGUAUUACUUUCCUCUCGUUUGCCACUGCUGUCCAGUGAGUUCUGUACCAUCUGAGAUCAUGUCCUACUCACUCUUCAUGUUCAACUGCCAUGGAUCUCGUUUCUUUAGUGAGUAAAAACGGAAACCCGAGGGAACUAUGACGUAAAAACAUCCGGGCCAGUAGCGACUGGCCUGAAUAUGUAGAGACAGUCGCCAUGUAAACCCUUUACGGGGAACAACGCACAGGCUCACUCCUGGUGGCUCGUUGUGACGUAGACAUGGGCCUAGCGCAUGAUCUACGCUCUGUCUGUGGCAUGUCCGUGAGAAUAUGAAAGCAGUGAUGUAUUCAUGUCACCAUAUCAUUUCAAAUGCUUAGUCCCAUUACAAAAUUUUCCUCUCAAAUUUUUGUAUUUUGAUAUAAUAAAAACAAUGAAAAGAG